GAACCAACCCAACCCAACCGCAUUAGCUUAACUUUCAACCUCUUCUCUUUUAGUGACUCGUUCAUUUCCCUUUUUCAUUUAAUGCUCUCAUUCAUUUCUAAUAACCAAGCAAUCUCCCGAUUUAGAUCCCAACCACUCCCACCCUCCUCCUUCGUUAAAGCCAAAACAUAACUAUGACAACCCAUUUCUCAUGGCAAACAAGGAUUUAGAAUUUGUGAAAGCAGCUGCUUGGGCAUGGUACCAGCGUGGUAGUUCCGGUUCCCCUAUGGCCAUACCAGAAUUCGAUGUCAUACGGACUCGACGAGCUCCUGGUCCUGGCCCUUCACGUUACAAGUUAGAAGCCAUGAGAAACAACAACAAGAACAGCAUGGGAUCUUCCACCACCACCACCCAUAAUUCUCUACUGGAUCCUUGGGAAGUCCAAAGCAUUUCAAAGAGACUUGAUCAUCUUAUUCAGCUGAGUGGGAUCCAAUUCUACGAGGAGCUUUUGAGGAUAGAUGCAGAUUUUGUUGUAGAUAAUCAUCAAGACCCCAGGAAAAAGAGCAGCAGAUGCAGUAAGUUGAAACGGUUUCUGCUAAGGCGUCGUGUAUGUGGCACAAACCAUGACAUCGUUGAAACUGCAUACCGUCGCCCUAUACCCAAAAAGCCGACAUUUGGUGAAUUCCAUUAGAGUUUUUUGGUCUACUUGUUCUAGGUAUGUCAUUUCCUUCAUUCAGACCCUGCCCUGCCUUGUAUCCUAUUUGCUUCAUCAGUGUUCUUUUUUGGGGUUUUUGUUUUAAAUAAAUGUAUUUUAUGAUUUAAAAAAAGCAGAAAAAAAAGCUGACUAUCAAAGAAAGGUGCUACGUGGUCCUAAAUUCAAUCUCAAAA